AUGGGAAAUAAAUUGAGACCAAAGAAGGUUAAGGCCCCAUACCGUAAGUAUGUAGCCGGCGAAGGGUUAUCGCAUACUUGGGGAUUUACAUCAACUGUACCGGUAGCUGUAGAUGAGUCACCAGAGGAAGAAUUACCUAAAGGAAAAGAUGUAGAAAUUUUUGAUACUCCGCAGGGUCAGUAUUACUAUCGAGAAUCAACUGAAAGUAUAGUGCAUAUCAAAGCACGUCAAAAUGGAUCCCAAGGGUCAUUGAACCGCGUUAGUAAGACGUCAGAUAAUCAUGAGGGAGCCGAUUGGGACCAGAUGCGACUUCCGUGGGAAAUUCAGAGAUUGGUCCUAAGUUUUAGCGGUGAAGAGAUCAAACCCAGUUAUUUGCUUGUUUGCAAAUGUUGGUACUUGAUGUGCCUCCCAUUGAUUUAUAAACAUCCAGCUUUGUCCAGUAGGAACUUUAAUAGUUUUGUGGAUACUGUGAUCAGCAAUAGGAAGAAAAAAUUCGGUGAGUAUGUUGUUGAGAUGGAUCUAUCGACUAUCAUGCAAAGUGGUAAGAAUUCUUUCGUAUCUAAGCUUUUGCGACGGUGUUCACCCAGCUUAGAGAGAUUUACCGCACCACAAACUAGUUUCGGUUAUGCACCUUUGAUUUCAUUGAAGUCUUGCCAUGAGCUGAAAUAUUUGGAUUUGGGUUUGGUCUCAGAGACUGUCAAAUUGAAAGAACUGUUUGCCGCAAUCAAGAACUUUACGCAUCUGACACAUUUAGCAUUCCCAAGAAGUUCUAUUAAUUGUGAUGGCUUUCGUGAGUUUCAGUGGCCUAAGAAUUUACAGUAUUUGAAGUUGAGUGGAGGGAUCACCAAUGAGUUUGUGCGUGAGACGCAAUGGCCACGGAGUAUUACGACUUUGGAAUUUUCUUACUGCCCUCAAGUCGAUGAGCAUGCCGUGUAUAGGGUAUUGUCACAAAUCGGUGACAAUUUGCAACACCUGUACUUUCAUUAUCCGAUGCCUUCUUUGCAUGAGAACGCACUCGAUUACGUGUUUCGUUAUUCUUCGCAUUUGAUCUCGAUCCAACUAAUGGUCGACUAUUGCUCCAGGUGGGUUUUCUCUGAGCACAUGCUGGCGCCUCUGGUCUAUCCACGUCCCUUGCGGACUAUUUAUUUACAGUGCAGUGGCUCUCUGGGGCUAUCCUCUAAAAUUCAUCCUGACGAUUUUACGAUUGCAAUAAUGGAGUCAAGGCUCCCAUGUCUAAAAAAUAUUAGUGUAUCCUCCAAGCUUGGAUGGGACAUGAACGGUGAUGAUGUAUCCGAUCUCGUCUCGGUCUUUGAAGACCAAGGCGGUAGUGUAUAUUUAAAUUACUAG